AUGGCAGCUGGAGAACCUAUCUUAUACAGCUUGUAUGUCUAUGCUCCCGACAAAGGUGCUCCGAUCUUUUUCGCCAUUGCAUAUGCCCUCUCAGCCAUAUUCCAUAUUUGGCAAUGCUAUCGUUACGAAGCUUGGAAGUUGAUCGGCCUACACCCCGUUUGCGCAGUGCUAUUCACUGUCGGUUACGCGAUGCGUGAAUACGGAGCCUAUAAUUACAUUUAUAGCGCGACUACGAAAGUGCCUCUGAUGGCAUUUAUCCUUAGUCAGGUCUUUAUCUUCGUAUGCCCUCCACUCCUGGAACUUGCCAACUACCACGUCCUCGGCCGUAUAUUUUCUUAUGUGCCAUGGUGUGCACCCAUCCCCCCUGCUAGAGUUUUAUCUGUAUUUGGUGGUCUCAUGGGCCUUGUCGAAGCACUGAACUCUCUGGGUGUAGCACUAUCCGCGAACCCGUCGUCCUCAAGUUCGACGCAAUCUCUCGGUAAUAAUUUGACAAUAGCAGCCCUCAUAAUCCAGCUCUGUCUCAUUGCUGUAUUUAUCUGCCUUGCCGGUCUCUUCCACCGGAGAUGUUCAAGAGGAAAUGUACAAGUCAAGAGUGUUGGGAUUCUCCUUCGAACGUUAUACGUGAGUAUGGCGUUGAUCCUCGUACGGUGCAUCUACCGACUAGUGGAGCAUACGGGAAAUACUAACAUAGACCUCGAUAAUAUCGAAGCUCUUCGAAACCUGAGUCCGAUCCUGCGGUAUGAGAUCUUCUUCUACAUAUUCGAGGCAACCCUCAUGGUCAUCAACUCGGUUCUAUGGAACGUGUGGAAUCCCUGUCGCUUUCUGCCGAAGGAACGUCGUAUCUAUCUUUCACGCGACGGGACCGAAGUCUAUGGAGAAGAAGACUCGGAUGAUCGGCCGCUUCUGGCCAAGACGGCGAAUUUAUUGACGUUCGGCAUCUUAUUCCGCAAAAAGAAGCAGACUCGAGGAUUCGAAGAGCUGAACCAAUACCCCGGCUCUGGACACUAGAGGCCAGAGAUGUAUCCCCAGUUGGUGUAAUCUGUUCAUGAAAUGUUUUGGGUGGUGAUAAUUAAAUUCAACGUUUGGCCUAAGGAGUUGCCUUGGUAGCUUGCAUUGGGAGAGCUAAAUAUAGGCGACAUACUAUCCGGAGGCUAACUACCUAUGUACUAUAGCAUGUUUCUAAUAAAUGCCCAUGGCUGGCUCAGGGGAAUUUGACUGGGACCGGGAUUCUCGAAUUAGGAGACAGACAAGGCUGGCCUGAGAGUUGUGGCUUUUAUUUCGGCAUAUAGU